AUGACAUCACCCACAGCAGAGAUUGAAAAAUAUGUUAUUGUUAAAUUACAUAACGCGGGUAUUUGGCCAAUUGAGAUUGUUAAUGACGACGAUGAUAAACCCAAAAGUGAUCGUAAAACAGUGAUAAAUCCAGACGAUAUAAUACCAUCCGAUCAGGAUUUUGCAUCAAAGCGUAAAAAUAGUUUUUAUAUAUUGAUAUUCGAUACUUGGAUACGUUUUAAAGAACAAAUGUCCGAUGUAUUCGAAUCAAAAUCAUAUAAUCCAAGUGCAAAUUUUCUCAUUUACGUACAUAAUGUACACACACAAUUUACAGCAUUCGCACAACAAGUCUUAGAAUAUUUAUGGCAAAAUCAGUGUCUAAACGCAGUAGUCUUAUUGCCUUCGUUACAUAACGAUACAGUGAAUGCAUACACUUUGGAUGUGUAUAAUCCGGCGAAAAUAUGUGGAACGAAUCUCACCUGUAGGCGAACCGCAACAUGCUCAAAUGGUAUCAUCAAAAAUACAACUACAUACUUAUUUAAUAAUAAAGUACCAGCGGAUUCACAUGGUUGUACAAUACCAGCGGUUGCAAUGACAUGGCCACCAUUUGUUAUAAAUGCAAGCGCAGAAACUGAUCCUGGUAUGGAGAUUUAUGUAUUGAAAGCGAUUGGUCAAUAUUUUAAUUUCACUGUGAAUUUUACACAAAGUGCAAAUCCGUGGGGUCGGCGUAAAAAUGGUACAUGGACGGGCUUAUUUUCAAAAAUACAAAAAAAUGAAGCAAUGAUUGCUCUUGGAAAUAUAUUCUCGAACCAACAAAUAUAUGAAGAUUUUUACAUUUCAACGCCAUAUUACAGUUCUUGCGUUGUUUGGUACGUACCAAUUGCUGAAUUGGUACCUAGAUGGCGAAGUAUUGCUGCAAUAUUUAAAUUAUCCGUUUGGAUAUCAUUAAUUUGUACGUUAUUCGCCAGUGCAAUCUCAUGGUAUUGUUUAGCAAAAUAUAGUAAGACUGAUAUUGGAUUACGGGAUAUUGGAAUAUGUCUUUUAAAUGGAUUGUGUAUUGUAUUUGGAAUAUCGACACCAACACGACCCUUAUCCGCAUUAAUUCGUGCCAUUUUUUUAAUGGUCAGCGUUUAUGGCAUCCAUAUUAAUGCAUUCUAUCAAGCGAGUCUAAUACGAAUUUUAACAGAUCCCCCACGAGAACAUCAAAUUUCCAAUUUACACGAAUUAGUCACAUCAUCGUUAAAGUUUGGUGGAACACCAAAUUUUCGUUCAUUCUAUAAUGAGUCAAAUGAAACGAUUUCGAAAUAUAUUUUUGAUAAUUAUGAGAUAAUUGAGAAUUAUACAACACCACACCCUUAUUUACAAAAAGUGACAACAACGAAGAAAUAUGCAACAUUAGCGAAUAAAUUCUUUUUCGAUUUUUAUGUUGCACGAGGUGAUAAAUCUGUAUGCGAUAGUACACAUUGUCCAGCUAUUUAUAGUUUCAAGCAAAAUGUUUUAUGUUAUACAAUUAAUAUGGUAGCCACAAAAGGUUUUCCGUACAUGGAGGGUAUCAAUAAUUUGAUACUAUUAUUUCGAGAAAAUGGUGUUCUAGAAAAAUGGAUGAAGGAUAUACAAAGUGCUUUACGACGUACAUCUGGUCAGCGUAGUUCAGCUACGGUUGCUGCAGCUGUAGCAGCUAAUAUAACUACCUCCAAAAUAGAUACAGAUAUGGACGACUCUUCAACAACGUUAAUCGAAUCAAAUGACAAAACCAUUAUUUUAACAUUAGAUCAUUUACAAAGUGCAUUUGCAUUUUUUACUUUAGGCAUCUUCUUUAGUUGUAUUGUCUUUGUCAUCGAAUUUUUAACAAAUUGUGAAGGGGUGAUUAAAUAUAUUUAUUAUCUGCGUGCUAUGAAAGUAAAAGUAUAUUCUCAAUUGAAAACAAUGUGUCGAUAUAAGAGAGAAGUUAAAAAGGUUGUGAUUAAAAAAAAGUAA